UCUACGUGGUUGCUUGCUUGCUUGCUUGCCGAGGGAGGACCAGGAGGAGGACGACGAGGAGUGAGGCUUCGAUUGUGGAGGAGCCACUGCCGCAGAUCAUCGUCGUUGUCGUGGACUGACUGGCUGUUUUGCUAUCCUGGUGCGCUUCGGAGGGUUUUUUGUAUUGUUUGCUGUUAGGAAAUCGCGGAGAUGGGGAAGCAGUGCAAUGCUAUGGAGGUUCGGGUUGUGGGGUUCGUUUUGGUGGCUCUCAUCGCAGUUCAGUUGGUUGCAGCUGAGGUCGUCACUCCGGCGUUCGUCUGGUCCGACCUUAGAUGCUUCGGUAAGGAGGAUCGAAGUGUUAAGUAUAAAUCUCAGACGCCCGAAAGCCUAGUAAGCAACAUCUUCCAGGACCUAAGAAGAUGCACAUCUACUCAGGGUAUAGACGGAGAGGAAGCAGCUCCAGAGAUGAUUGUUGCUUUCAUUGGAGAGGAGCUCCAAUCUGAGGACAUCUCUCGAGGUCAGCCGUCUGGCGUUUUGAAGACUCUUCAGGGAUCUGUCGCUGAUGCUAGGUAUUCAAUGGCAAUCCCCUACGUCACUGUAGCAAGUGGGUCACUUUCGGUUGCAGAGUCUCUACUUAGGAACGUUCCAAGCGAGCUCGGCACCACAGUGGCAAUUGAUGAAGUAGCGGUAUCUGGAUCUUGUUCUAUUGGAGAGCAUGAUGUGAAGAGGCUUACUGGUGUUCCUGCUGUGCAGGAGUGGAUUGUGGGGAGGAAGCUUCCGCGUGCGGACAAGAAAACUGAUCUUCUGGUCAUCUGCUACAGUCCCUUGUUGGAUUGGAGCGUUGCUGACAAGUCCCUUUCUGAAGGAGAGGUGCUGGAAAAGGUGCUGUCAAGCUUGAAGUCGUCUGGAACCAGCAAUGUUGUUCUGUAUUCUUCUGACCCUAAGGCUUCAAACGAGAAGCAUCAUGGAAUUCUUGAACGCCAUUUAUUCGAAAGCACUGGCAAUGCAACUACAGAUUGUGAUGCACUUUGCAGGAGCAGGGCUGUGAUUCUUGAAGGAAUCUUUGUGGCCUUUACCCUCAUUACCAUUCUCGUAUCAGGUAUCUGUUGCAUGAAAGCAGUCAAAUCGCCUGCUCGUUUUGAGGCGCAAAAGGAGCAGUGAUGAAGCUGGUCUUGAAUUUGGGGACCAUUCGCCCUUAAUCAAAUGGAGUUUCCAGAAAAGAUUCAGACUGAUGGGUCAACCAUGCUGUCAUUAGGGGGGUGCACUUCAGAUUGCUUAUGCACUGAGUUUGAGUAUUUACCAAUUAUGGUCUUCAGGCCUGCACAUCAUUUAAAUUUUUUGCAGUUUAUUCACCUUGUAGUCAGAACGGAGUUGGCUGUUGCACAGCUGGGAGGAUUUAUUCCAAUUCAGUGCUGAAUCAGAGGUUGUUAUUAGUAUAUAUAAGGAUUUCUGCGUCUGAAAUUGUAAAAUUCCUGUUUCUUUCUUACAUUCUUGAGAUUAGGGCGUUACAUUGCAUUGCAUGGCUCCACCAUGUGUAUCUUUCUUCGACUAACUUUGACCUUGCGAAACACUAAAUUUUACUUCAUUUGCCACU